CAUGACAUUUCUCUGCAUCUGGAGGAAAAUACCCAGGACAAUAAUGCUGGCUAAUAAUAUCAAACUGAUGAGCAAAGAAAUAGCACCCACGUUCUCAACUGAUGAUGUGGCAAAGAUCAAGAAAUUCUGCAAAACUCAAACUAAAGAUAUCUUUGACCAUUUAAGCAAGUCUUUAGCACCAAACGUUCAUGGCCAUGAGUAUAUUAAAAAAGCCAUUUUGUGUAUGCUACUGCGGGGUAAUGAGAAAGUUCUCAACAAUGGGACAGACAUUAAAGAAGACAUCAAUAUCUUAUUAUUAGGGCAACUUGCACACUUCCUUAUUGGCAGUACUGAAACAAAACUUCAUCCACACGCACUACUAUGGCAUUUUCACCAUGUCGGUAGAGAUGGGAUCUGUUUUCCAACAACAACCCCUUGCCAAAAGCACUUCCCCAGCACCUGAAUUACCUUCCUGUGUAUCCGAAUGUAGUGCAUGUGGAGACAUGAAAAUUCAAAACAGCUGUAUAAUGGCACUCAAUGACCUGUUAAUGGAUCUGCUGCACUUUGCAACCCAAAGGACUGUCUAUUAAAGCUUUAAUAAAUCUAAAAGUUGGUCCCUUAAUAA